CUUCACAUAAAUCUAUUUAAUCUCUCUUAUAAUCAAAUCUUUCUUCUGAAUUGAUCAGAAGAAGAAUAAUGUUGUUCAUGAAGAUCAUAUGGGUUUUGCUUACUCUGAUACUUUUGCUUUCAUUGACUAUUCCAAAAUCAGAGGGGCAGUUUGUGCAAUGGUGCAUAGCUGAUGAACAAACACCCAAUGAAUUGCUUCAAAAUGCUCUUGAUUGGGCUUGUGGAAAUGGGGCAAAUUGUAGCAUGAUCCAGCCAAAGCAAGCAUGUUUCUUGCCUAAUACUCUCAAAGAUCAUGCCUCAUUUGCUUUCAACAGCUUUUACCAAAGGCUAAAGCACAAAGAUGAUGAUAGUUGCUAUUUCAGAGCUGCUGCUCUCAUUACUGAUCUUGAUCCAAGUUAUGGUUCAUGCAAAUAUGAAGUUCUUCCUUAAAACCUUGAAGUGGGUGGACUAGAAAUUUUCCUGAUUGACUUAUAUUGCCCUCAAAAUUAAUGAAAUGGUUUUAUCUCUUUAAGAAGCUUAUAUUUAUCUAAUUAAGAGUAAUUGAUUUAUGAAAUCUUAUAAAUGAGAAAGAAAAAUAUAUUUUUGAGGUGUAAAACAGUAUUUUGAGUU